GAAAAAUAGUAAAAAAAAAAUGCCAAUUGCUCAGUUAUUGGAACUAUGGAAAAAGAUCGAGGUGGAGCCCAUGGAAAUAGAGACCACUGAAGAGGAGGCCAGCCUUGAUGUAGAACCUGCCACAGAAGAGGCCACCAAAGAAGAAGAAGGCAUUGUGAAGGAAAUCGACAUCAGUCAUCAUGUAAAAGAAGGAUUUGAAAAGGCAGACCCUUCCCAAUUUGAGCUCUUGAAAGUUUUAGGGCAAGGUUCCUAUGGAAAGGUGUUUCUUGUAAGGAAGAUCAAAGGUUCAGAUGCUGGACAGCUUUAUGCCAUGAAAGUUCUUAAGAAAGCUACAUUAAAAGUUCGAGAUCGGGUAAGAUCCAAAAUGGAGAGAGAUAUUUUGGCGGAAGUGAAUCACCCUUUCAUUGUGAAGCUUCAUUAUGCCUUUCAGACAGAAGGAAAACUGUAUCUAAUAUUAGAUUUCCUACGGGGAGGAGAUCUUUUCACCAGACUCUCCAAAGAGGUAAUGUUUACUGAAGAGGAUGUCAAGUUCUACUUAGCUGAGCUGGCCUUGGCUUUAGACCACCUCCAUGGUCUAGGAAUCAUUUAUAGGGAUCUAAAGCCUGAAAAUAUCCUGCUAGACGAAGAGGGGCACAUUAAGAUUACAGAUUUUGGCCUGAGCAAAGAGGCUAUUGACCAUGACAAGCGAGCUUAUUCCUUCUGUGGGACAAUAGAAUAUAUGGCACCAGAGGUGGUGAAUCGACGAGGGCACACACAGAGCGCAGACUGGUGGUCCUUCGGUGUGCUCAUGAUCAAAUUGCUUACUAAUAGUAUGUCAUUUCAAGAAAAGGAUCAGAAACAAAACAUUCUUAUAUUUUUCAGAGCUAAGCUAGGGAUGCCUCAGUUCCUAAGCAUUGAAGCCCAGAGUUUGCUGCGAGCUCUCUUCAAAAGAAACCCCUCCAACAGACUAGGUGCUGGCCUUGAUGGAGUAGAAGAAAUUAAGCGUCAUCCUUUCUUUGUUACCAUUGAUUGGAAUAAGCUAUACAGAAAAGAGAUCAAGCCACCUUUUAAACCAGCAGUGGGCAGACCUGAAGACACAUUUCAUUUUGAUCCUGAGUUCACAUCCAGGACCCCUACAGAUUCCCCUGGUGUUCCUCCAAGUGCCAAUGCUCACCAUCUCUUUAGAGGAUUCAGUUUCGUGGCAUCCAGCCUGGUCCAAGAACCUGCACAACAAGAUCUCCACAAAGUCACAGUCCAUCCAAUUGUACAGCAGUUACAUGGGAACAAUAUUCACUUUACAGAUGGCUACGAGAUCAAGGAGGACAUAGGAGUAGGCUCAUAUUCAGUGUGCAAGAGAUGUGUACAUAAAGCUACUGAUACUGAAUAUGCUGUGAAGAUAAUUGACAAGAGUAAAAGAGACCCCUCAGAAGAAAUCGAGAUUCUCUUACGAUAUGGACAGCAUCCAAACAUCAUCACCCUGAAGGAUGUCUACGAUGAUGGGAAAUAUGUUUACCUUGUGAUGGAGCUGAUGAGAGGUGGGGAACUCUUAGAUCGCAUCCUCCGACAAAAGUAUUUCUCAGAAAGGGAGGCUAGUGCUGUGCUCUGUACCAUUACUAAGACUAUGGACUACCUCCAUUCGCAAGGGGUGGUUCAUCGAGAUCUGAAGCCUAGUAAUAUCCUAUACAUGGAUGAGUCUGGGAACCCUGAUUCCAUCAGGAUCUGUGAUUUUGGAUUUGCCAAGCAAUUGAGAGCAGAGAAUGGACUACUCAUGACACCAUGCUACACAGCUAACUUUGUGGCCCCUGAGGUCUUGAAACGGCAGGGCUAUGAUGCAGCGUGUGAUAUCUGGAGCUUGGGCAUCCUCUUAUAUACAAUGCUGGCAGGAUUCACCCCUUUUGCAAAUGGACCAGAUGACACUCCUGAAGAAAUUUUGGCAAGGAUCGGCAGUGGGAAAUAUGCACUUUCAGGAGGAAACUGGGAUUCUGUAUCUGAUGCUGCAAAAGAUGUUGUAUCCAAGAUGCUCCAUGUGGACCCGCAUCAGCGCCUGACCGCAGUCCAAGUACUGCGACAUCCAUGGAUCAUAAACAAGGACUACUUAUCUCAAAACCAGCUCAGCAGACAGGAUGUCCACCUGGUGAAGGGUGCGAUGGCUGCCACCUACUUGGCUUUAAACAGAACCCCUCAGGCACCAAGGCUGGAGCCUGUAUUAUCCUCCAACCUGGCUCAGCGAAGGGGCAUGAAGAGGCUUACUUCCACAAGGUUGUAGCAGGCGAGGAAGAACACCUAGUCACAA